AGAUUAUAGCUGUGAAUACUGUCGUGUGAGGUGAUCACAACACUGACUGCUGCGCUCUCGAAGGGUGCUCCUUUGUACACAAACGAGAUCCGGGAGCUGCCUGUUCUAUUCCACAAACGCUCAGAAACGGUGAGGCAGAAAGCGGUGGGCGGAAAGAGAAUUCAGGUUGUUGAAGACCCUAGGGAAGUUUCACUCUUCACUUGAAAGGAAAUAACAUUGAAGAUUAAAGUCAAAGAAAUUCCGUUUCCAUAGAUUAGUAGAUGGCGUCAGUGAAUGACUCUCGCCUUCAGCAGCAGCCUGCCCAGAAGGAUGCGGCUGACCAGAACUUUGACUACAUGUUCAAGCUGCUGAUCAUUGGCAACAGCAGUGUGGGGAAGACCAGCUUCCUGUUCCGCUAUGCUGAUGACUCCUUCACCCCAGCCUUUGUCUCCACCGUGGGCAUAGACUUCAAGGUCAAGACCGUCUUCCGCAAUGAGAAAAGGAUAAAGCUACAGAUAUGGGACACAGCGGGACAGGAGCGCUACCGUACCAUCACCACAGCCUACUACAGAGGAGCCAUGGGCUUCCUGCUCAUGUAUGACAUUACCAACCAGGACUCCUUCAACGCAGUUCAGGACUGGGCAACUCAGAUUAAGACAUACUCUUGGGACAACGCACAGGUGAUCCUGGUGGGAAACAAGUGUGAACUGGAGGAUGACAGGCUAGUCCCCACAGAGGAUAGCCAGAGACUGGCCAAAGAUCUUGGGUACCAGUUCUUCGAGGCCAGCGCCAAGGACAACAUCAACGUGAAGCAGGUGUUUGAGCGGCUGGUAGACGUCAUCUGUGAGAAGAUGAACGAGAGCAUGGGCGGAGAUGCCAACAUGUUGUCCAAUCACAGGAGUACCAGUCUACAGGACUCGCCUCCAGAGAACCAUGGGGGCUGUGGCUGCUAAAUCCCACCUCAUUUCUCCUCACAGCCCCACACUAAACCCCGUCACUGUGCCUGAAGUAUAGAGAGUACACCUCACAAACUACACCCCAAUCUCACACCCCCUAACACAGCCACUACAGUGAAAACCAUAAAGCAGCUAGCUGAGAUAACCAUCGGUCCCCUCCCCUCGGUCCAUCCAGUGUUAUCCCACAUAUCCCCUGUUCUAGUUUCUGUAUUCCCGGAAAAGGCCCCAUCUCUCUUGUGUACUGUGCCCCCCCACAGCCUCUACCACAUGGCAUCCCCUCUGCUCUUCUGGCACAAAAAAAAAUGUAAGUACUGUAUUUAUUGUGAGAAACCUUUUUAAUGGCUUUAUUUUUAAAGCAAAGCUAGUUCAAAUCAGCUUAAAGAAGUGUCAAUCUGAAGAAGAUUUGUCAUAAUGAAAUAGUUUCCAGUAGUCAUUAUUUUAGGUCAUUGUUGUGUUCAGAGUUUAAUGAAUGAAAAUAUAAUAGUUCAAGACUCAAACAGAGCAGAAGGUGCUUUUGUUUUGGAUGCCCCCUGGCUAGAUGCUCUGCUUUGAAUGUAUUCAUUGGACUAAACUUCUCCGAAUCCAAAACCGGACAGAAAACAGUACCCCAAAACCUGAUAAAAAAAAUACAACAAAAAAACGUUAUCUGUCAUAUCCUUGAUCAAAAUCUAAAUGUAACUGUUAUUAAUGAAGAUGACAUCAUCCAGACAAUCACAAAACAGAGUUAUUCUGCUGCUUUGGCCUUUUGCUUCCUCAUUCCCUGACCUCCAUGCUUUACUCUGUGACACUGAAUAUGCUAUUUUGCCAUUUCCUCAGAAUAAUUGUGCACUACUAUUCUUGAGACUUUCUUAACCACUACUGCUUAUGAGAAAGAGAAGGUGAAAAAGUAUGAGAUUGUUCCAAACAAUGUUAGAGCAAUGUUGUGCUCCAGGAUAUUUGUCUGGGAGGAAGUCGUAUAACACUAGUGACACUGACACGCGUCAUGUGAUCUGCUCUGGCAUGUCCUCACUCACCCCUCUGUGCCUCCCCUUCCUACUCAUUGUUCUUACAAUUUCCAACCUGAUUGCACAAGGCUUCAACAGUGUCCUGUAAUCUGGAUGUGCCAGUGUAAACUGCCUGCAUUACUUGCAUGAUGUUACUGUACUGUUCUUACAUCUAAAUUACUGUCUAUGAAGUAGCCUAAUUAAAGCGUGGUGAUUGGCCAAGCAUGACACCCAUGUUAAUUCAUUUUCCAAAUCAUAUGCUUGAACAGAAAGACAAAUGGUGCACCUAAAGCAUGUACAGUACAUUCCAUUGUACUGCUUGGAUGGCUUCAGUAGAAAAAAUAUUCAUCUCUCCAACUGGACUGGAGAGACAUGCAUAUCCCUGUUCUCCGGCCCUCUGUUACUCACAGACACUGCCAUUUCCCUAUCACUAGCCCCACACUGUUCUCCGGCCCUCUGUUACUCAUAGACACUGCCAUUUCCCUAUCACUAGCCCCACACUGUUCUCCGGCCAUCAGUUACUCACAGACACUGCCAUUUCCCUAUCACUAGCCCCACACUGUUCACUGGUCCUCUGUUACUCACAGACACUGCCAUUUCCCUAUCACUAGCCCCACACUGUUCACUGGUCCUCUGUUACUCACAGACACUGCCAUUUCCCUAUCACUAGCCCCACACUGUUCUCCGGCCCUCUGUUACUCACAGACACUGCCAUUUCCCUAUCACUAGCCCCACACUGUUCUCCGGCCCUCUGUUACUCACAGACACUGCCAUUUCCCUAUCACUAGCCCCACACUGUUCUCCGGCCAUCAGUUACUCACAGACGCUGCCAUUUCCCUAUCACUAGCCCCACACUGUUCACUGGUCCUCUGUUACUCACAGACACUGCCAUUUCCCUAUCACUAGCCCCACACUGUUCACUGGCCAUCAGUUAGGGACAGGCACGGUCUCGGCGUGAUAGCAGCCUUGUGUUUUUACGCCAAAGCACUGCUAAAGCUGAGGGGUUGGGUCAAAGCCCGCCAAAAGUAUUCAUGGGCGCCUACUCUCUCCAAUUGCUUAUCACACCUAUCCACCUGGAAGCACAGCUGAUACUGACUCGUUGUUUGAUAUUAGCUGGCUGAUUUGUAUCAAGUGAUCUCCUCUGUUCAUCUCCUACCACAAGCAAGUGGUCUCCACUGUUCCUCUCCUACCACAAACAAGUGGUCUCCCCUGUUCAUCUCCUACCACGAGCAAGUGGUCUCGUUGUGGUGUGAAACAUUUGACUGGAGACUUAACUGUUAACCUUUUAUAGCUGUGUAAAAACACUAUACCCACAUUACAUCUGCAUUAUGCCCAAGUUGUAAAGCUUUCUCCUGGGUGGUGUUUGUCAGUGUAUUUAAAUAGUGUUUUUCUUUCUGCUGCUGAAGGUAACUGGAUUGAAAGUGGUGAGGUUUUACUGAAAGUCCUGAGGAGAACUUCUCUAAAUCACAUGCUGAUGCACUGAUACCCAGUUUAUCUAAAUACUUCAAUGUCAGUUGAUUAAAAGGACCCAUAACAUAUCUUUUGAUAAUUAUGUUCAUCUGAAGUUGUAAGUUUCUUUCUGUGGAAUUGGUUAGUUUUUUGUGUAGUCUGGCAUUCCAUAGUUAUAUAGGAGGUUUGUUAUACUAUUAAGGGGGAACUAUACUGUUGUGUCAAUGUAUAUUUGUUUUGUUCCUAUUUAAGGCUCUUUGUUUGAUGGACAAUCUUAUUAGAAAAGGCAUAUACAUUGCAUGUGUUUAUGAAAAUAAAGACUUCAUUACAAAAUAUAAAA